UUGCUUCCCAACUUUUCUCGUCUGUUUUCUUCUUCCGCAACCCAAGAAGACCUUAAAACUCUCUCUCUCUCUCUCAUGGCGAAAUCCCAUCUGGGUCUUCUUUCCCUCUUCGUCUUCUUAACAAUUUCCACAGUUGCAGUGAAAAGAGUGAGUUGCUCAGACGACAACUCAACAACAGUAUACGACAUCCUCCCCAAAUUCGGCCUCCCAAGCGGUCUCCUUCCCGACUCCGUCGUAAACUAUACUCUCUCCCCCAACGACGGCCGAUUCGUUGUCGUUUUGGAGAACCCUUGCUACAUUAACUUCGAGUACUUGGUUUACUACGACAAGACCAUAACUGGGAAGCUGGGUUAUGGUUCGAUCACGGAAUUGAAAGGAAUUGAGGUUCGGAGAUUCUUAAUUUGGUUCGACGUUGACGAGAUCAAAGUGGAUUUGCCUCCUUCGAACAGUAUUUACUUUCAGGUUGGAUUUAUCAACAAAAAGCUUGAUUUGGAUCAGUUUAAGGUUGUUCGUGCCUGCUAUUAUGGAAGCCCAUUCUCUCCUUGUGCCCUACGGAAACAAUUUCUCCAGCUCCCAAAUCCAACCGAAGAGCUUGAGAUGCUAAUUACAGAGUAGGGCCCAUCAAUGACCAUAUCAAGUGGUUUUCAAUGGAGAUCUAUGUGAAUCAAGUGUAACAUGUUUUAAUAUUUUUCUAGAACAUUAUAACAAUGUUGCAAAAAGCUGUAUUUUUAGAAGCUGUUACUUCUAUCGGAACUUCCAACUGUAAAAAGUAUUAUAUUGGUGGAGCAACUGUUUUUGUAUUUCUGAUAAAAAUAUAAUCUUGCCAUAAGUUGCUACUCCAA